AUGGCGACUCCGCUAGAUGAGCUGCGUCAGGGAAACCCUGGAACAACAAGAUACAUCAUUGGCGCUUCUCGAAACCAAAAUCAGAACGAGCCCAGCCAGCAGACAUCGUCAAUGGGUCAAUUCAAUCAAUACGGACAACCAAAUCAGGCGAAUGGGAACUCGAAUGAUGCACAAUAUGACAGUGAUGCCAGAUAUUCCACGGAUAGUCGAACUGGGAGAAAGAGAUCGCUUGGCGGUCCGGGCGCGAGCGAGAGGAGCAGAUCAAGAACAAAUGGCAGUACGGGCAAGUCAUCAAAUACCGCGGUCCGGACCUGUAAAAAGUGCGGCGAGGCAUUGACAGGUCAAUUUGUUCGCGCGCUGGGUGGGACAUAUCAUUUGGACUGCUUCAAAUGCGCGGAUUGUGGACAAAUCGUUGCCUCUAAGUUCUUCCCUGUCGAUGCUGAAGAUGGAUCCGGACAAUUUCCGCUCUGCGAAACAGACUACUUUCGGCGCCUGGAUCUGUUGUGCUUUGAAUGUGGUGGUGCUCUGCGUGGGUCGUAUAUCACAGCACUUGAUCGCAAAUACCAUAUCGAGCACUUUACUUGUUCAGUCUGUCCAACCGUGUUUGGAGCGCAAGACAGCUACUAUGAGCAUGAUGGAAAAGUUUAUUGUCACUAUCACUAUUCGACACAAUUUGCACAGCGGUGCAAUGGGUGUCAGACUGCUAUUCUGAAACAAUUUGUCGAGAUCUUUCGCAAUGGACAAAAUCAACAUUGGCAUCCUGAAUGCUACAUGAUUCACAAGUUCUGGAAUGUCCGCCUGGCACAAAGUGGUCAAGAAGCGGACAAGAAAGACGUCAAUGCGCCUGUCACAGAGGAUGAGCGGGAACAAGUCAAAGAAGAUGAAGAGAAAAUGGAGGAUAAAGUCUACCGCAUCUGGAGUACCCUCUCUACUUUUGAAGAGUCAUCCGCUUCUUGCAUCUCUGAUAUGCUUCUGCAUGUUAGCAAUGGCGUUUAUGUCGACGGAGUCAUUGUUGCCCGGAAAUUCAUCUGGCAUGUCGACAUUCUCUUUGGAGCGAUCGAUUCUCUUGCAGCUUUGGUUGUCAAUGCUGGACUCAGGGAACUUGCCUAUGGUCGAGAAGCGAAACUUCUUUGCAAGAAAGUGGUGGCUUUUUUCACACUGCUCUCCAAAACUCAAGAAACAGGCGUCCGCAAACUUGGAGUUACUCAAGAGCUCUUGUCUUUGGUUACUGGUCUGGCCCACUAUCUAAAACUCCUUAUUCGAAUUGGUCUCCAAGGAGCCUUGAAACUGGAACGCGAACGAGGAUCCCCCGAAGGCCUCCACGCCUUUUUGGAUGAACUGGCCGACCUUGAGACCAUCAAAGAGCAAGAGAUGAAGUCACUUGAUCUAACAGAAAGUGUGGCGGGGCUGGCAAGCCAGGAGUCCGAUUGCUGCUCGUCAUGUCUCGAACCCAUCGACGACGAAUGCGUUAUGAUCUAUGGUCGGCGCUGGCACGCAAAGCCACCCCAUCUUACCUGCAGUGUCUGCCAACGGGAUUUGACCAAUAUCCUCUCCGAUGCGGUUUACAGCGAAAGGGAAGAGAAGGUUUACUGUGUUGACCAUUCUAGACGAGUGCCAGAUACGGUCGCAGGGUUCUCACACGUCACGAAACUACAGCAAUAUGUCUUUCUUCUCCGCGUGGCGUUGGCCAGAUUGCUGGAAGUCCUCAAGUCUGGCGGUACUUUGCCACACACUUCGGAUGAUCCAAAUCUGACACCGUACAACACUACCGAAGGUCAUCGUGUCUCGCCGACGGGUGAACAAAUCAACCCACAUCAGAAGAUGGGAUCACGAUCGCGAUCUUAUGCUGGUGCCUCCAGUCAACAGGAGUCUUCGCUGGAGCAAACGGUUGGUGAAAUGAAGCGACUUAGAUCCACCCGAAAUGAACGUACUCUCUCUACAACCUUCCGAAAGGCUCGUGAGUCGAAGGUUCUUUACGGACCAACAGGUGUACGCCCAGGAUCUGCAGGCGCAGAUGACCAGGAUGGCAGGAACCGUGGUGGGUUUCAGAUCGUUGAAGAGCGAGAUCUCGAUGGUAAAAUGCGACCAGAGUUGACUUUUGGCAACCAAGAUGGCCUCACCCUUGACGAUAUUCCGAGAAUUGUUGCUGCUGAGCAAGCGAAAGAGCAAAGACCCAAUGCAUUUCGACAUGCCGGUACCAACCUCAUUGGACGCCGAGGCAAUGAACCCAGAUUGGUUAAUGGCCAUCAACGGGGCACCUCUGGUGGCAAUGACCUCUUGUCGGGCGAACCCAAUCCUCUUCGCACCAAACGAUACUUUUCGGAGCUGUCUGCUCUUGAAUAUUUCAUUGUUCGACAUGUCGCGGUUCUCUCGAUGCAACCUCUCUUGGAAGGUGAAUACACUCUCGAAGAUUUACUGGGCUUGAUCGAAACGAGAAAGCAAACUUUCUGGGGCAAGGUCAGUCGGGCACUUCGCAACGACGGAAAGACCAAGAAGAAAGGUAUCUUUGGCGUCCCCUUGGAGACACUCGUCGAACGCGAAGGUGCUGAGUCCACCAAUGGUGUUGGUCCUGGUGCCUUGAGAGUUCCGGCCAUCGUCGAUGACUGUGUCUCGGCCAUGAAGCAAAUGGACAUGUCUGUCGAAGGAGUCUUCCGAAAGAACGGCAAUAUCAAACGACUUAAAGAAGCGACUGAAAUGAUCGACGCCAAUCAAACACCGGACCUCAGUCGCGAAAACCCUGUUCAAAUCGCCGCCUUGCUCAAGAAAUUCUUAAGAGACAUGCCAGAUCCGUUGUUGACCUUCAAACUGCAAAAGCUAUUCAUCAUAUCUCAAAAGAUCAGCGACGAAGAGCGCCGAAGAAGAGUCCUUCACCUCACGUGUUGCUUGAUGCCGAAGAGUCACCGGGAUACCAUGGAGGUUUUGUUCUCUUUCCUCAAAUGGACAGCGUCAUUUUCGCAGGUCGAUGAAGAAUCAGGAAGCAAGAUGGACAUACACAAUUUGGCGACUGUCAUGGCACCAAACAUUCUGUAUGCGAAGGAGAAGACACAGAAUGCCAGACAACCUCAAGUGCCACAAGUCGACGACAGCUUCCUUGCAAUUGAAGCGGUCAAUACCUUGAUCGAGUACAAUGACUACUUUUGCCAGGUCCCCGAAGAUUUGCAGUCGAUUCUCAUCGAUACUAGCCUCCAUGUCGGAUCUGCAGAGCUUACCACGAAGGAAAUUCUAUCGAGAUAUGGUCACAUUGCAAAAGGUCAAGUGCAGAAGCAAUCAGUGCAGGCACCUGAUGCUCCUGCUCGUAGCCCAGUCUCUGCUUCGAACUCGAUUGGCCCUGUUGCAACACGUGUUGAUGUCGACCCAUACCAAGCCACUGCGUGGCAAAAGCAGAGUUCCGUCAGACCUGUGCAAAAUAUGGCUUCAUCUAUCUCUGCUCCAACGAACGAAUUUGCCUUCAGCGCUCCAAACAGUCCAUAUGCUCGAAACCGAGCAGGGAGUUCCGGCAGCGCAGGCAGCCAUACCGGUACCCCAUCUGGACGACAAAGUUAUCAACUAAAACCGGCCGGUCAAAUGGGAGUUACAGGUUGA